GCUUACUGAGCACUUUUAUUGCAUGCUGAGAGAAACACGAUCGACCAUGCUGAACCAGACCUGAUCGACCGACUGUAUCUUACGCUCCACUGUAUGUACAAUGAAGUAUCAUCUGGCUCUAUUGAUACUUUCCCUCCUGGCUCUACAUGCAGGAAUUGCAAGGGCAGAAUCCAUCAAUGCUGUGGUAUCACCACAGACCAACUUCACAAAACCCGUCACGUUUUCAGAGAACAUAUCGUACGACUGCUCCGUUACCCCCGGCAACCAGCCAGCGUGGAUUAUCAACUCCUUCCAGCUCAUCAACCCUACUGACUCCAUAGUCCUAGAUUUCGCUAACACUGGAAUAUUUAUCGAGAUUCUCUCCACUAAUACGACGCGACUAAUAAUUACCGCCGAGAGUAGGAACACGAGAUUGGGAGAGACCUCUUCGAACAUUCUCGAAUGUCAGUGCACGGGCUUCAGGGACCUCAACCGAGGGGAGGUCACUCGGACUGUCUCCAUAACCACUUACAAUCGCCCAGACCCCCCUGGCAAUCUUAACCUAGUCUCCACGGCGAUGGGCCUGACGCUAGUAUGGGAUCGACCUAGCAACGCCCCCCCACUGGUCAGCACCAACUACACUCUCUCUAUAUUCAACGUAUCCGACAGUGGCAACGUGAUGUAUCUAGAUAGCGCCAUGACAACAACCAGCUUCUCUAUUCACUUUCUCGAGGAGUCCCUGCUUGGAAUGCCUUGUCAGCGUUUCCAGUUCUUAGUGAGAGCUGAUAAUGAUGCUGGUGUGGGGAGUCCCGCUAUCUACAAUGAAACAGUGCCUGUCUCUGCUAACACAUCGGACAUUGAUGCCACCCUCCGUCUCGUAUUUCUGAAUCUGGGAAGUGAGAAUGACACUUCGUUCACAAUGCAAUUCCGGACGGUGAACUCGUGCAGUAUGAACUUCCCUGUGUUAGACUACACUAUCAAUGUGAACUUCCAACCAAUACUGGUCGUCUCGGCCUCCGAUGUGGCACCCCUGACUCUGAUCAAUGUCACUGUCAACUCCAGCAUCACUCCUCUGCCCCACAACAUGCUCUACUUAAUAUCCGUGACUGUCAGGAGCGCGGUGUCUCAGAGAGUCUCCAGAAGUCAGAGAAUUCAAACCACGGAUGUCCAAUCGGCUGCGGUCAUCUUUCACCAGACGUACGUCCAGCUCAGUUGCAGGCUCGCCGACGUCACUCAGUCUCUGGGAUGCCUGUUCCAGUUCUCACCGAACACGAAUGGGACUGGUCAGCAAGAAUUCAUUCUAAUGCGAGAAGGGGGCGGAGUCACAGUGUCACAAUGUAACGAUACGAUAAAUCAACGCUCUGCAUACAGAGACGAUGGGCGCAUCAGCGUGUUCGAUAUCGAGAACAAUGGCUCUGUGAGCGACUUCAGGAUAGGUCCUGUUACCACCGAGAUCGUGGGUAUGACUAAUUUCACCAUGGCUACUGGUUGUGAAAUACCUAUAGACAUUGUUGUGGUGACAACUCCGACCAAUGUGGCUGCUAUAGUGGUCCCUAUUGUGGUCAUUUUACUGCUUGCUACUCUGUUGGUAACGGUGAUUAUGCUGGUUUGGUGCAAGAUACAUCGCAAAAACACCAAGAAACUGUUGGACCAAGAAACUCGAGCAGAUGAGCUUGAAGUACAAAAUGAUGGAUUUAAACAGGAGAUUGAAGUACAAAAGACUCGCAAGUUGAGUAUGACAGCUGAGUCUGGCGGUAUUUACAGUGUGGAAUUCGACACUGGGGGUCUCAUAGACAAGAUACCUACCAUCUCCCCAUCGGCCAGUACUGAGCGUGACCUCAGUAGUAGUCCUCCCACACCUACAUCUCCAACUGGCGCUGCUGGCGGCCCACCUUUCCCAGGUGGUGCUGCUGGCGGCCCCCCUUUCCCAGAUACACUAAAUGUACCUGAAGGUGAUGGUACCGGAAGCACAGGUAGCUACUCCCCUAAGCGACCUCGAAUAAGACCAGAGGUCAAACGAAGCUUCAGUGAAGGGUCGCCUGGUUCAGAUCAGCAGCCUCUACUGGGAAGCACGGUCUCUAGAGGUGCCAUUCAGCUAAGGUUUCGGAAAGGCUCUUUGGAGCUAAAAGUUCAUAAAGAGCAGCUUCUGGAAGAAAUACGCCGUAGAUCUAAGCCUAAAAUAUCGUUACGUUCACGAUCAAUCAGCCACGACCCGUCAGCUAGUAAAGAAGACACAGCCCCUCUACUAAUGACAUACUCCGAACUACACUUCAGUAACGAUAUGCUCGACAUUAUCAGUGAGGGUUCGUUGGAAGACAUUCGUGAAGAAAGUUGGAAAGUUGAUCAAGGAACGCCUACUUUUCAACUCGGUUCUGCUCUAGCUAGCUCAAACAAUCAACUCAAAGAGCAAGAUUCGCCAUUGAAGAAAGGGAUAAAAGGUGCAACAGGACAGGACGAAUCUUCGUUUUGAGAGGUCUAUCGGGAGAGACGUACUGAACUAUUAUUUUGAAUGCAUAAUAUAAUUAUGCAAGCGCAAGUAUUAUUAUACUUUAUAUUGACUGCAUUCUGAAUCUCAACAAUAAUUUUGUUAUAUAGGAGUAAAUAUUGAUUCAUGCAUCUACCCUCUAUGUUCUGUUGUAUACGCUUAUUAUUAUAUAUUAUCCUGUGCUCUGCUAUUCUGUUGCACACAAUGCAAGCUAGCACAAUCACGUCAUUUUUAUAUUCACAAUAAUUAUUGAACGUGGCAGAUAAUUAUAACAAACAUUAAUUUGAAGAAAAA